GAGACCUACAACCACCAAAACAAGUCGUGUAAGUCGAAGAAAAAUUUUUCAUUGUAUGGGGACCUCACCGACCGUCGUGUGACCUUCACUGCCAAUUGGUCCCAACUUGACACGGCGUGUGAAUACGAAUCCUUGGUAUUCGCUCUGGGCUCUUGCUUGCAAAAUUACGAUUUUGGACAUCACACCGAGAGCCUGGUAUAUACUGCACCUCCCAAGCAAGAGGAACGUAUAGAAGAGAUGGUGCUGCCAGAGUGGGUGGUGGCGCUGGUUACUGUGCUCGCCACACUGAUGAUCAUGGUGGCUGCCGUUCAUUUGAUCAAGACCUGGAAACGUGGGCAUGAUGAACGAGGAGCAAUGGUCGUGAACACUGGUGGAAACAGGGAUGACAGUUGGCUGAAGGGCAUAGUUCAGCAGCAACAAAAUGCACCAACAAAACGGAACGUGCUGAUAGUAUACGCUCAGGACGUGAAGCACCAGGUGGCCGCCUUCAUCAGCCUCCUGCAGCAGAAAACCCCCCAUCAGAUCCUAGACCUGUAUGACCCAAUGGACCUGGAUAAGUUAUCGGACGGCACAAUGUGGCUGAUGAGGAAGCUCCUCCAUCCGGCAACUGUCACACUCCUAGUGGCCUCUAAGGAAGCUAGAAGACUACAGCUUCAGCACACCUCCCUCUCGAUGUCUGCUGGCCAGAAUCUCCAUGGCAAGAAACCUCAAUUCACACCAGAAACUAAGAAUCGCAAGAUACAAACAGAAAUCACACCAUCUCAGAAGACAACCUUGAUGAAUCCCACUCGUGAUGAUAAGACCGGAGAUAUGAUCUUCAACCACACCUUUGUCCAGAACACGACCGAGAAAAAUGUUUAUGGUCUAGAAAACAAUUCUCCGACCAUUCACGCUGAAGUGAAGCCCAAGGAAGUUUCAGACAUAGACAGUGAGGAGGAAACAGUUGAAGGACAAGAAAACACAACAAACAGGGAGAACACAAGUCUAGGAUGCAACAACACCAAUAAUUUCUCAGACGGCAAAGAAAAUGGCGGUACACAAGACAACACACAGGCAGUGACUGGUGAAGAGGGGGCCUUCCACUUCCUCUUGGUUGACUUCCUUCACAAACUCGAGUCCUCUUUCUUCUCCCAAGACUACAAACGUCUAUAUCAGAUACAGUUUAAGGAGACCCCGGAGGAGGCGCUGCUCAACCACGUGACUCCUGGGCGUGUGUACCGCCUGCCUGGCCACCUGGACCACCUUCUCCAUGCCCUCGCCUGCCCCCCAGUGGCCGCCGAGAAGGAGUUGACACAACAGACAACAGCUAAAGGUGGCAUCCCGGUAUAAGAACAGCAUUUGAAGAUGUCCCACAAACUGAUCGGAAUUUUCCUGAUUAUUUUCAUUUACUUCAACAUUCUUUGAACGCCAGCAGUACUGCGACAAUAGUGCUGAUUCUCACUGACUGCUUAACCUUUGCACCAGUACUGACCAACAGUGUUUCCCAGAGAACUGACAGUCAACUGGCGAAGAGGAUAAAAUAAAGCUGUAGACAGUGUAGAGUGUAACAGUACAAGGGGAGGGUUGCGAACGUUCGUAAGAUGAAGAAAAAUCGGAUUUUCUGAAGAAAAAAUCCUCAGAAAUCUGGCAACUUUCGAUACAUUACUGCCAAGUAUAAACAAUGUACGAUAAUAUUUUAUACCCUAAAAAUAUCAUUAACCAUUUUGCCGCGUUUCACGCACUUGCUAUUUUAUUCUGGCUACCGUCAGACGAUUUUAUUCAGCUCAGGGUAACGUUCCGCUGGGAAAGGUUAAGUACCCCCCACCC